AUGGGGCUUCUGAGUAUUAUUCGAAAAAUCAAGAGAAAAGAGAAAGAGAUGCGGAUUCUCAUGGUUGGACUUGACAAUUCAGGGAAGACCACCAUUGUUUUGAAGAUCAAUGGAGAGGACACCAGCGUUAUCAGUCCCACUCUUGGCUUCAACAUCAAAACCAUCACCUAUCAAAAAUAUACUCUGAAUAUAUGGGAUGUGGGUGGUCAAAGAACUAUAAGAUCAUAUUGGAGGAACUAUUUUGAGCAAACUGAUGGUUUGGUGUGGGUUGUUGAUAGCUCUGAUCUUAGAAGAUUAGAUGAUUGCAAAAUGGAACUUGAUAAUCUUCUAAAGGAAGAGAGGUUAUCAGGGGCUUCCUUAUUGAUACUAGCUAACAAACAGGAUAUUAAAGGUGCUCUUACACCAGCUGAAAUUGCUAAAGUUCUAAACCUGGAAGCUAUGGAUAAAACACGGCACUGGAAAAUUGUUGGCUGUAGUGCAUACACUGGUGAAGGGCUUCUUGAGGGGUUUGAUUGCUCUUUUCAGAAAAAAAUGCGGAUUAGGGGCUUGUUUAGUAUUCGCAGCGGGAAGUUGCUGAAUUUUUCCCUUCUCCAAACAAUGAACUUAGCACCAUUCUUUCGUACGGGAAAACAUGUUGAAAAUGCUCAUGCUUGGACGUAUUAUUCUUGUUUUUCCACCGGUGAUGACUUUAAAAUGGUCCCUAAGAAGAUGAUGUUGGCAAAGGACUUGGCAUGUCUUGUUGAGGAGUCGUCUCAUCAAGACGAGAGGAAAGCCAAGAGCAGAAUGGAGCUCAAGAGGUCUCUUGAACUUCGUGUAAAAAAGAGAGUAAAAGAGCAGUUCUUAAGUGGAAAGUUUCAAAACUUAAUGUCCAAAGUGAUUGCCAAUCCAGAUACACUUCAAGAUGCUUUUGAUUGUAUUAGGCUCAACUCAAAUGUCGACAUAUCAGUGAAGGAUGAUUCAAUUUGUUUUAAGUCCCUGGCAGAGGAACUCCUUGUGGGGAGUUUUGAUGUCAAAGCAAAUACCUUCUCUGUGGCAACAAGGGGUAAGAGGAAAGAAGUCCUUGUCCUUCCAAAUCUGAAGCUGAGGACUGUUCAAGAAGCUAUCAGAAUAGUUUUAGAAGUUGUCUACAGGCCCCAUUUUUCUAAAAUUUCACAUGGCUGUCGAAGUGGGAGGGGUCACUCGACUGCAUUAAGAUACAUCAGCAAAGAGAUUGGUGCUCCAAGUUGGUGGUUCACAUUAAUUUUAAACAAAAAGGUUGAUGUUAAUAUCCUUGCUAAGCUCAUUUCCAAAUUAAAGGACAAAGUAGAGGACAACCAGUUAUAUGCUAUUAUCCAGAGUAUGUUUGAUGCAGAUGUACUCAAUUUUGAGUUUGGAGGUUUCCAGAAAGGCCAUGGUCUUCCACAGGAGGGAGUGUUAUCCCCAAUAUUAAUGAACAUAUAUCUUGACCUCUUCGAUCAAGAAUUUUACAGAUUGUCCAUGAGAUAUGAAGCUCUUAAUACAGGCGUUUAUAAGAAUGAAGAUAUGUCACAUUCCAAGUUGCGUGACUGGUUUAGGAGACACUUAAAAGAAAAUGAUCUUAAAGACAGAGUUAAUGACGAUUCUAGCCCACGAGUUCAUUGUUGCCGGUUCAUGGAUGAGGUAUUUUUUGCAAUUUCUGGUUCCAAAGAUGUUGCUCUCAGUUUCAAGUCUGAGAUUGUAGAGUUCUUUAAGAAUGCUUUGGGUUUGGAUGUUGAUGAUGAGCAAAGAGAAAUUCAAGCAUGUGAUGGGUCUAAAGGAAUUCAGUUUUUGGGAGUUUCUGUUAGAAGAAGCAUGCGAGAAGGUCCUGCAAUAAGAGCUGUGCACAAGUUAAAGGAAAAAGUUAAGUUGGUUGCUUUACAGAAACAAGAUGCUUGGGAUGCUGGAACUGUUAGAAUUGGAAAGAAAUGGUUGGGCCAUGGUUUAAAAAAGGUCAAGGAGUCGGAAAUUGAGCAUUUAGCAGACAGUAACUCUACUUUGAGUAAAAUUUCUUGUUUCCGUAAAGCUGGGAUGGAAACUGAUCAUUGGUACAAGGUCUUAAUUAAAGUAUGGAUGCAAGAUGUUAAAGCCAAAGCGGCUGAGAAUGAGGAUUCGAUCUUGUCUAAGUAUGUUGUAGAACCAGCACUUCCUAAAGAACUAAAGGAAUCUUAUUAUGAAUUCUUGAACCGUGCAAAUGAAUAUGUUUCUUCUGAGACAGCAGCUACCCUUGCUCUUUUACCAAAUUCAAGCUCAAACACUGGAUUUGUUGCUGUUACCGAGAUCAUUGCCCCUGCCGAUGCAAUAAAGAAGCGUCUCUUACGCUAUGGAUUGACCACUUCUGCGGGAUAUCCUCAUGUGGCUUCACUGCUCAUCUUACAAGAUAACUUUCAAAUUAUUGACUGGUUUUCAGGGAUUGUUUGCCGAUGGCUUAGGUGGUACCAUGAGUGUGACAACUUCAAUGAGAUCAAGCUCUUGAUUUCUUCUAUAGUGAGGAAAUCAUGCAUUCGUACUCUAGCAGCAAAAUAUAGGAUUAAUGAAAGUGAAAUUGAGAAACGAUUUGAUUCAGAACUAUGCAGAAUCCCUUCGGUGGAAGAGGUAGAGCCAGAGAUGACAUAUGAAACAUCUGAUCCUAACACUUUUGAAAAUGAUGAGGCCUUGAUGUAUGGAAUUUCUUCUAGUGGUCUGUGCCUGCUGUCUCUGGAAAGAAUGGUGAGCCAGUCAAGGCCUUGCAAUUGUUUUGUUAUGGGGUGCUCAGUGGCAGCACCUAGUGUUUACACUCUCCAUGCUAUGGAAAGACAGAAAUUUCCAGGUUGGAAGACAGGGUUCUCAAGUUGUAUUCAUCCAAGCUUGAAUAAAAGACGAAUCGUAUUGUGCAAGAAACAUUUAAAGGACUUAUAUCUUGGUCAUAUAUCACUUCAGUCCGUUGAUUUUGGUGCAUGGAGGUAUGAUCUCUUAAGUCUUCCAUCUCAUUCACUAAACAUGAUAUUGCAGCAUUAUGAGGACUUGCAGUUUGGUUUUCUUGAUCUGCCUUAUGCAAACCAGGCUCUUAUGGUUGCUGAGUGUUCAGAAUCUUGUUCAGCAGUUCCAAAAGUCGUCAACCAUGAUCAAUGCCUCAGAAUGAUAGAUGCUCAUGUGUUCAGGGUUAUUGAUCGUUACAAAUACAAGGAGUUAAGAGUGAAAAGAAUACAUUUUCAUUUUUCUUUUCUACUGGACUUGGAGUUCCAUCAAAUAAGAGCUGGGAAUCUUGGUGGAAUGAAGAACAAGAGCAUUUGCAGCACACUGGUUUUAUGGGGCAUCUUGUGGAGAUUCUUCAUUCUCUUCACUCUUUUUUUCUUUUUGCUGCAUAUAUUCAAAUUUAUGUAUACAAAAUUUCAUUAG